AUGACGCCUCUCAUACCUGCUGGAAACAUAUCGGUGAAGAGAGAUGUGCUGGAAGGGAUCGCACGAUGCUGCUGUCACCUGGGCAAAAAAGAAGAGGCUCUAAAUGCCUGUGAGAAACUGAGGACAGAAGUAUCCAACACCUGCCACCUCACCUGUGUCCUUCAGCUGGAGCUGAGUGUUCAUGAACACUGCAGAGAUCUGACAAACAGCAUCUCCAGCCUGCAGCAGCUGUGCUGUCUUCAUCCCUACCAUCCGUGGUACUGGCUGAAUCUGGCCAUGAGGUUUCAGAGGCUCCUGGAGUCUGAUGGCUGUCCAGACAGAUGCUGCACUGAGGAAGAACACGACCAGCAGCAGGGGGCAAGUAACAUUUUACAAUUAAAGACCAUCAUGUGCUUGAUAAGAACAAGGUUGCUAAUUGAAAUCCUGCGGAUUCAGCAGUUAUCAUUCGUGCUGGAGAACAGCCAGAGGGCCUUACAAGACAUUGAGGAAGCUCUGCAUAUUCUACAGCCAACAGAAAAAAUGCUUCAGACAGUCUCUGAGGUGAUGGCAGAAGACCUCAAUCCAGAGAAGAUGAGAGAGGAAAACCAAGAUGGAGAGAGUUUAUCAGGACUUUAUAUUAAAAAAUUUGAUGACAGGUGGUGGAACAAACUACACAAUAAAAUGCAGGAGGAGACUCCAUCUUUAUCCAUGCACAGACCUCUGGAGGAGACAAAAAUGUACUUUUACACAUGAAUGUGGAUCUCUUAU